UUAUGUUUCCGUAUUGUUCAUAAUCUCUCUGAUGUAGUCCAGAAGUUGGGGAGGGACCACACGAAAUAAUAUCACCAGAUACAGUACCAGAGCUGACUUCAUCUCAUAGAUGAUCAAAUACUUCAUUUCUGGCAUGUUCGUCGUGUCCAUUGGUGGUUGAGCAUUUGGUUCAGUUCAGAAGAUCUGAAGAUCCCCUGAUACAUACAAUUCUCAAGGGAAAUGAGUGAUCCUGAAGCGCCCAGGAUUGGUGAUGCGUUUCAACGUGAUCGUCGCCAUGGGCAACCGUACACGUCCGCAGCUACUAGUCGCUAUCCCCAGACCCCAAUCAGUUUCGCAGAGCUUCAAGGCUAUCUCUUCAGUCGGACAGAAAUGAGACCGGUGACACUUGACGAUGUGAGAGAAAACGAAGUCGUGAAUUCGCAGAUUUUCUGGUGUGAUGGUUGUCGAUGUGAACGCCUGACACCAUGCCCAAUCCACCCGGCCUCUGUGCACCACAGGAAACCCACAAAUUCAGCUCCAUUAAGGCUUAGCUAUGCCAUUGAGUCGAUACCCGACGAGGUUCAGCUCUGUAUCUCGGGCAUUCCUGGGGCCAAAUAUGGCGUGUGCACAAAAUGCAGAGUCCCCCAAGGAACGUGGAUAGGUCCUUAUGAAGGCGUCAAAAUAAACCCGUCAGAUAUCACCCCAGAGACCGAGGCUAGCUACAUGUGGGAGGUAUAUCAGCAUGGGAGACUUGCGUUCUAUUUGGACGGCAGUGACGAAAACUCGUCCAGUUGGAUGCGGUUUAUAAGAUGCGCGCGCAGCAAAGAGGAACAAAACCUAUUUGCGUUCCAGUACCUCGGGAACAUCUACUACCGCGCAUUCAAAGAUAUCGCGCCAGGCACAGAGCUGUUGGUCUGGUAUGACGAGAUCUACCCACAAUACAUGGGAAUUCCGCUGGAAAUACGGGAGACUGGCAGUGUAGAUCAGCUUGUGGUAAAACCAGACUCUAAAGUUGUUGUUGUCGUCGCACCUAACGGAUCACCAUGCUCUAGUGCACCUACACCCCCUACGCAACCGGGACAACCCACACAACCCGUGCAAGCAGGACAAGCUAUACAACCCAUGCAAGCAGGACAAGCUAUACAACCCAUGCAAGAAGGACAACCUAUACAAACAGCGCAAGCAGGACAAGCUAUACAACCCAUGCAAGCAGGACAACCUAUACAAACAGCGCAAGCAGGACAAGCUAUACAACCCAUGCAAGCAGGACAAGCUAUACAACCCAUGCAAUCAGGACAAGCUAUACAACCCAUGCAAUCAGGACAAGCUAUACAACCCAUGCAAUCAGGACAUCCUAUUCAACCCAUGCAAGCAGGACAAGCUAUACAACCCAUGCAAUCAGGACAUCCUAUUCAACCCAUGCAAUCAGGACAAGCUAUACAACCCAUGCAAGCAGGACAAGCUAUACAACCCAUGCAAUCAGGACAUCCUAUUCAACCCAUGCAAGCAGGACAAGCUAUACAACCCAUGCAAGCAGGACAAGCUAUACAACCCAUGCAAGCAGGACAAGCUAUACAACACAUGCAAGCAGGACAAGCUAUACAACCCGUGCAAGCAGGACGACCUAUACAAACCGCGCAAGCAGGACAAGCUCUACAACACAUGCAAGUAGGACAAGCUAUACAACCCAUGCAAGCAGGACGACAAAGGCAAGCAGGGCCAGCUACACAGACUAUUCAGGGAAUUUUUCCAGAAUCACAACAAGCUUUGCGCGGAUUACACCAGGGCCUACCAAUGACGUAUCCCGUACCGGAAGCAAAUUACUCCACCCAAAGUUUCUUACGGGUUCCCAACACCAGUAUCGAUAAUAGAGACUUCCGUUCACGACGUUCUAAUGACUUCCGGCCUCAAUAUUCUCAUGACGUCCGGUCAAGACCAAGGCAAACUUAUCAGAACAUACCACAAGGGAGAUUUAUUUCUAACCCAUCAGGGAAACACGGGCAGAGUAGAAGCGUGUUGACCGUGUCACCAUGGGAACGUAGCGUCCCGUCUGUUGAUCAUGCGCAAACGGCUGAGAACACAAGCAUUGCUCAGGUGUCAAUAACAGGCUCUCACGACCAUGAAAGUGACGAAGAUGAAGAGGACGAGGAAGAAGAUGGCGCGUCUUAUAGAAUACCGCUGCCCUCAUUGCAGGCGGAUGCAAAGGAGAGCGAUGAUGAUUUGGGCGAGAAGAGUGACGGAGAUAACGAAGUUGUCAAGUGUGGACAGUGCAAUCAAACAUUCAACCAAAGGUCGGCUCUACACAUCCAUGUCUGCCCGCUAGUACCAAACAAACCGUACCACUGCGGCUACUGCAGCGAGUCGUUCUCGAAUCCUAACGAGCUAAGGAACCAUUCUAUUGUUCACGCCAACGAGAAGCCAUUCAGGUGUGGAUAUUGCUCGCGAUCGUUCUCAGGCGCCACGACACUGAACAAUCAUAUUCGCACUCACACCGGUGAGAAGCCUUUUAUGUGUGAAGCCUGCGGAAAGACAUUCUCCCAAGCUUCGCAGCUGAGUAAACACCAGAAGAUACCUGGAGACUGUGUGAGUCCUUAGCGUUCAUGCGAGCGGCUAGACGUUUCACAGUGAAGAUGACUUGUGAUGUGUUAGCCUUUAAAGUAGAAGCAAGCAGUAUAACAUUCUUCCAUUUUUUUGAAGCUCAGAAAUCAUAAGAAAUACCUGGCGACUGUGUUAACGUUUUCGAGGCUAUGCAAUUCGAAGCACUCAAAGAUAGCUUGUGAUGUGUUUGGUACCUUAGAUUCGAAGCGUCCCAAGCCUCGUAGCUCAGAAUGCUUCUGGUCUAAAAAUGACACCAAAGACCAGAAGCUACCCAGGACAGUGUUAGAGCGUUCACUUUAUAAAACUUUUCACAACUUUGCAACUCAACGAAUGUAUCACCCGGAUUUGUAACAAUCAACGGGAUAUGUAACAACAACCGGAUUUGUUAACAACAAUCAACCUGAUAUGUAACAAACUAGUCAACCGGAUUUGUACCAACGUUUAACAACCGGAUUUGUAACAACCCAUGGAUUUCGUCAAAUGGAUUUCGUUUGAAUACGAACUCCAUUUAAGGUCAACAAAGGUCAAACAUUCCAAGUUUUCGUUGGUUCUAAGGUAAGUCGCGGGGGGGGGGACCCUCGCGAUGACGUCAUCAAAAUACCGUUCGGUACAUAUAUUUUAGCAGAUACAUUGUUAGAAGGUCAAACUUGGUUUUCCUGUCCAUGGAGGCAAGGGGGGUGCACUGGCGAUCUCACCUGACGUGAGGUCAUCGAUGACGUCAUCAAAACAAAAAUACCUACAUUAUCUCACCGGUUGUUGUUACAUAUCUGUUUAGUGAUUGUUGUUACAAAUCCGGUUGUUGUUACAUAUCUGGUUAUUGAUCCCGCGUUGAUUGUUACAAAUCCGGGUAAUACAAUGAGCACGUUAAGAUAGUCUACUUUAGUAAGAUAGACUGCUUUGUAAUGCAACAAACCCGAAUUUAGAAUUAGUCGAGUACCAUACAGUUCUUCGUGGUUCAAGAAUAUCCCUGACUCUGCCUUGAAGAAGUCUUAUUAAGACGAAAAUUUGGCAGAGUCGAUUACCAGUUUUUGGUGUAUUUAUCCAGAUAUCUCAAAAGUACAUACAAUACCAAGUGUCAUUUUCGAAAAUCAAUUCAUUUUAAAGUAAUACUAAGACCUGGCUUUUAUUUCAUUACAAGUGAGUUACCGGGUUAGUUUUCAAACCUCAUGGGGAGGGAGAGGUAAACACUUUCACAGAUAACAGUGAUUUGUUUGUUACCCUGUGUACUUAAAACUAAACGUAAUACUACAUUAAUUUUUUUGCCCAUUUGCGUUCGUUAUAAGUAAUAUAUAGAGCAUUAUAAAAAUUACAUAAAUGUUAUGUCGAUUGACAGGGUGAUGUCCUGGUGGCGGGUUGCAGUAUUGGUUUCCAUAGGAACGCAAUCGCGUACAAUCGCUAAAGAUUGCAGCUAAUUUGAGUACGAUCGCAAACGAACGCAAAGUAGCUUCCAUAUGAUCGCAUUCGAUCGCAGGGAAGCUCACCUUGCGAUCGGUGCGACCAUAUGGAAUACAGCAUUGAUCAGAGACCAGAUUCACAACACAAAGAUUUGGAACACUAAUAAAACAUGUUUAUUUUGAA